AUGGGAAAUAUUAUCAAGAGCAGUAUAUCGAUAGCAUCAAAAGCAGAAUCACAUGUUAAUAUUCCAGAAGAAAUCAUUGUCCAAAUACUAUCGAGGUUACCCCUCGGUUCUCUUCCCCAAUUCACCUGCAUUUCCAAGCAAUGGCAUUCUUUGAUCUCUAACAUAAUCGUCGCAAAAACCGGAUCACCGAGGGUUCUCCUUAUAUCCGACUCGAGAGCAUAUUCCUUUUCCCCUCACUCCAUUCACCAAAACCAGCAACACGAAGUCGAUGUGAACAGCAUUCAUGUUCCUUGGAAAUUGAGUGAAUCCGGCGAUCACGAGUUUAAAAUACUGGGAUCGUGUAAUGGGCUGGUGCUUAUGCACAUCGAUGAUGACUUGUUCUUGUGGAAUCCACUGACUAGAUUCUUCAAGAAAGUUCUAGCAUCUGACCGAGUGUGUGACCGUGGGAGAACCACGUACCGUGUUUGUUCUGGGCUUUGCUAUGACUCCACCAGUGACGAGUACAAGGCCGUUCUAGUGAAUUCUUCUCUGACCCCAGGUUAUGGUGAUGAAUCUGUUGCAGUUGGUAGUUUCAGAAGUAAAAGUUGGACGACGAUUGCCUUCCCCUACUAUGUUCCCUUGUGGGAUUCGUGGAAUAUAAUAGUCAACGGAAAUCUUCAUUGGUUUGCCUCUAAGAACGAUUCAGGUACCGGUGGUUAUUUUCUUUCACCCCGUCAAAUUAUUUACUUGAGAAAUGCUACACUUACAACAUUUUUUUACAACAUGUUUACAACAUGGUGA